UACAUGUUUUUUAAAAGGGGGGAGGGGCAAAAUGUUUCUCUAAAAUUUAGCCAAACAAGAUUGGCGACAAAGUAUUUAAAUUAGUUAGAAUAACCCAAAAAAUCAGUUUGAUGAAUAUUUUUUCGAAUUAUUUACUUCUAUUUCAGAACUAAUUGCUGAUAAAUGAACAAUAAUUGCAUGAUGAGUGAUUAUAGAGACCGGACCAAUAAUUUUGUAUAAGGUUCUGUAGAAAGAGAGUUCAAGCUGUAAAAUAUUUCUUGAAUCUUGUGCAGACUUUGUUUAAUAAUAUUAAUGAAAAGAAGAAAAGAUUGCUGAUCUCGUCAUCAAGAGAGAUGACCUUUACUCUAAAACUGAAGAGAUAUCCAGCAUCUUAGUUGAUUUAGAAAACAUUCAGGUUCAGAUGAAUUGCAGUUCUAGUCAGAGAAUUCUUUAUUCUAAAAGAAUUUCUUCUCGAAAGUUCAGCAAAAUCGUUUUGUGCGGAGAUGCAUGUAUAUGCACAGAGUAUACCUGCUGUGUUUGCAUGGAGAGAUCUCCAUCAGAGAUACUAUCGGAAAGGAUGGGAUUGUUUGCCCAGGAACUAGAGGAACUUGGUGAUGUAAAACUAAUUUCUCUAGAAAUUCUUCAGCUAGAAGAAGAAAUGAAUUCUUCUAGAGGUAGAAAGGCUGAAAAGCUAUAUGAAAUUAUCCGUAAUCUCGGAAUCGACCGGACAAGUUUCCUACCGGGCGUGAUGCUUGGAAACCAGUUAAUGACUUUUUUUGAAGAAAUCGUGCCUUUCCUCAAGGACCUGGUCAAGUCAGAAGAACUGGCAAAUUGGACCCUUCUCGUAAAAACACUUUAUUUAGUGUUUAAAAGGUUAAUCUCAGACAAGGUGGCCAAGGAGGAGGAAAUCGACAAGUUUGAGAAGGAGUGCUGGGUGGUGGGGGAACUUUUUACGAAAUUGUUUCCCCAUAAAGUCAUCUCUGUAAAAUUAGAUACGCUAGUUUUUGUAUGUCCGCCCAGCCUUCGAUUUUGGCAGGUACUUUUUUAACAAAUAUCCAAACAAUCCUCAUUACUCAUGAACUCUGCAAUAAAUCGUUUUUUUUGGAAAUUCCAAACUAAUCCAGCAUAAAACUAUUAACUGGAAGGUUUAAACAAGACAUUGCGUGCUCAUCGCGGCUUGGCUUUCUC